AUGGCGACAACAGCUCCCCUCACCCCCGAAGAAGCCCGCGACAGGCUCAACAUCCGCCGCGUCAUCGAGCGCUACUCCCAGUGCGCCGACCGCUGUCUCCCAGAGGAGCAAGCAUCCCUCUUCAUCGCAGAGCCCGUCUUCCACAUCUACAUGCAAGGCCAGGGCACCGAGCCCACGCAGGCCGUCACCAAGAGAGAGGACCUCAUCCCCAUCUUUGAGUACACCAAGGGCUGCAAGCACACGUCGCACGUCCUCGGCCAGAGCACCAUCGACAUCGAGGCGGACGGCAAGACGGCCACGGGGGAGACGUACUGCCUGGCGCAUUACCUGUCGGAGAAGGAUGGCCAGCGACAGAUGUGGCAGGCGAGUCUGCGGUACCACGACAUUCUGAAGAAGCAGGACGAUGGGUUUUGGCAGUUUGCAGAGCGGAAGCUGAUUGUUGACUGGACUGAGACGAGGCCUUCGAAUCCCUAG